AUGGAGUCCGCGCUUCUUAAUUUCAAUCGUGUGCCUUGUGCGUCUGCUGCAGGCACGCCAAACGUAACACCUAUUAAGCCGCGUUUGGGAAGAUUUGUGGAUUUUUAUUCUCCAGAGCAUUUAAAUAUAACGCCUAAGCCUAAACCGCGGUUUGUAGCUGCAAUAACAAAUGAAAAUCGAAGAUUUUCUACACCUGAAAAAUGUUUGGAUAUUGAUAAUAGAUGCAGGACCGUCAAAGCACAAAAGAAAUAUCAAAAUGUUUGGAGAAAUUGCUCAUUUGAGGGCAAUCAAAGUUUUCCAAGACUAAAACACCAUAUUAGAUCCAUAAAAAUGGAUUUGGAAACUCCAACAAAAGUUAAAACAUCUGUUGAUUUAGUUAGAGUUGAUGGGCCCAAUGGUCUUCGUUUCAAUACAUCAUUAGCAUCAGGAGAUGUAACCAGCUCACCGGCACAAUCUCAAACUGACCGGCUACAGCAAAAUAUAACUAAUAAAGCCGUGUUUACAAUUGAGCCUAAUACAUCAAAGAUUCUUAUAGUAAACAACAAGGCAUGCUCACUUCUAGGCUAUUCUUCUGGUGAACUCUGUGAUCUGUGUUUUUCCGACUUACUACACAACAGGUCAAAUCAAAAGAAGUUCAGUUUACAUGCAGAAGAUGGAGACACUUCUGAAGAUGGUACAGCUGUGUUGCUAGGUGGUAAAGUUGUGGAAUUACUAUCAAAAGAUGGAACUGCGUUACAAGUAUCACUUUGGAUCCGACAGUUGGAUGCUGAUGGCCCAUGUUUGGUUGUUGCAGAGCCCGUCAGCUGUAAAAAUGUUUUGUUCACCAUAGACGCAGACACGGGGACAAUAAUAAGUUGUGAAGGCGCUGACGCAGGACUUUUGUUCCAAGCGGAGUCGUGUGAGAAGCUCGUGGGAUUGCCUAUAGCAUCCCUCAUUCCUUCAAUACACUUGCCGCCUUAUGAUCUUGCUAUACCUAAGGCGUUGGCCAAACAGAAGGCUACUGGUAGGACAUUAGAUGGAUGUUCGUUUCCGCUUUGUCUUUGGAUUUCUAAAUCGGAAACUAUGAAGCCCAAAGAUCGACCUAUAUUUGAAGUUAAUGUUAGGGUUACAUACAACGUAAGCGGACUUCUAGUGGUGGACGAAUCUGGUUUAAUAACGGCUUGCAACCAGCAUUUUGCACAGCUGACAUUCGGAAAGUCGCUAUCGGAGGUGAUCGGACAUCAUAUUGAAGAUGUCAUACAGAACUUUUGCAGGGAAUGCGAUUUGAUCAAGAUUCAAGAUACGAAUCGGAAUAUGACCCUGUCGCCUGUGAACAAUGAUGAUGGGUCGAUUUCAGACACAGACGAUGAUUCAUGUGGAGCAUUUAAUGGAAGCCAGAAAUCCGCCUGCAUGUCACUAAACGUACAGCCGUCACUUCUUUCUACCAAUAGAGAAAAAUCCUCCAGCGCUCUCUGCCUUGACAAGUCCAGCAGUUUAAUCACACACACACCAACACCCACACAAGACAUGGUCUCAAGCCUUAGUACCACAGAACAACGGAAUGACACUUCAGCACUACCUGACGUCACUUCCGGCAUGUCCGGAAUUUCAAUCGACGAUGAGAACUAUUCACAUUCGAUUUCAAAAUCACGAUCGGAAAAUAUACUCCGCUCUGAGCAUAACGGGAAAACGGGGAAGCCUUCGGAAAUAUCUGACUCGAUUUACUACACAUCUCAGCAUUCGCAGGAAGUUACACCAACCGGAACAUCUCCCAGAAUAAGAAAUGAUCAAUUAAGAUUGUCGUUUGACAACAAAAAGAAGAAGGAAGACAGGAGCAGUAUCUCUAUUGACUUUUGUGACUCCAAUGAAACUAGUGCGGACUUUUUGACGCCGAUUAAUGAGAUGCCGCCAUCUGGUUGUGAGAUUGAAGAACUUCCGCGCCAUAAUGGAACCGAAAGCGUUGAUAGCCUGAGUAAUGAUAUCGAUCUUGAGACGCAGACAGAGUCAGCGCCAAGGAAGAAAUUUGAAGAGGAACCUCCCGGUACUCCGUGCGUUGUAAAGCGUGCAGUACGUAGUCACGUGACCACGUCUACGCCCACGCACUCUCGACACAACAGGCCCGAAUAUGAAACUGAUUAUAGACACAAGGAUGGGACCUAUAGGGGCGUUGUAUUGCACAAGGACGGUACUGAAUUAGGUGUAGUAUACACAGUUUCAAGUCUGCAGUUGGCGAGUGGUCGCAGCGUUUGUUGUGUAUGGCUGGGCGUAAGAAGAGAAGAUGCCCCACGACACGCUACUCUCGCCUCCAGUCUUAACUCUACGGCUGAUAACUCGCUCGUUCUUGGCAACAAAUCGGCAAGCAGUAGGCCGCACUCGAUGUCUCUGAUGAGUCAAUGCGGGGAGGAACAAGUGGCCGGAGAGUACAGCAAACAUUAUGUUACACUCAAACAAAUUGGUAAAGGUGCGUACGGCUGCGUCAAAAUGGCGUAUCGUAGAUCAGAUCGACUUCUAGCAGUUGCAAAAUUCAUACUUAAAGAAAAAGUGGGUGCUCAAUUCUGGGUCGAUGGGCCAGAUGGGAGGAAGGUUCCAUUGGAGCUGAGUCUGCUGAUGACCCUGAAACAUCCUAAUAUCGUAAGCGUAAUAGAUAUGUACGAGAACGAUAAAUACUUUCAAAUGGUGAUGGAGAAACAUGGGGCUGGUAUGGACUUGUUUGAGUUCAUCGAGAGAAGACCAAGACUUGAUGAGCCGCUGCUGUCCUAUAUCUUCCGACAGAUCGGCCAAGCAGUAGAAUACCUACAUUCAUUAAACAUACUACACCGAGAUAUAAAAGACGAGAACGUGAUCAUAGACAACAAGUUCCAUGUGAAGCUCAUAGACUUCGGCUCAGCAACAUUCAUGAGCAAAGACACUCUAUUCUCUACGUUCUAUGGUACCACAGAGUAUUGUAGCCCGGAGGUGUUAGCUGGGAAUAAGUAUGCAGGCCCCGAGUUGGAGAUGUGGUCAAUGGGAAUAACUUUAUACGUAUUGACGUUCUUCGUUAACCCCUUCUCUGACAUCGAGGACACCAUACAGGGACCUUUAUCAUUCCCCCAAAUUGUAUCUGAUGAUCUGGAACACCUGCUCAGAUGGAUGCUGUGCAAGGAGCCAUCUCAGCGCUGCACAGUACCACAGUUGAUGUCUCACGCCUGGAUUAGACAACCAGUCAAUAUCUCGCAUUAUAUCUUCCAUGAAAUCGUAGACUGUGAUCGUCACGAAGCGAACCCAGAGAUGUAUUUCAGCGGAAGUUUGUCGCCUCGUAGCGGGUCCCCUGUAUCUUUAGCUCUGGAUCCGCUUGUAAAAGAACGCUCAAAUCCGUCGGAAGUUGCCGCGCGAUCGGAGAGUAAGAACAUCUCAAAAGACGAGCGUAAACGACACGACCCACAUUCUGAAAAUUACAGUCUACGUUCUUCUGCUGAUAUCCUCGACAUAUCCUCGAAACCAGUAUCGGAAGCGGCUUUAACCGAUAUAAGUUCAGACGCAACGGGUCACGCGGCCUGUGACAUAGACUAUGACUGCGAACACUACGAUUGUGACAGUUGGGAUGAAUGUGAACCUGACAGUUUUUCAUAA